CACUACUGUAAGUCGCUCUGGAUACGAGCGUCUGCUAAAAUGACUAAAAUGUCAAUUGUUUUAGGCUGCUGCUCUAAGGGUUAUCCACGAGAUGGCUCUGCACCCCACUGUUGGCUGUAGUGUUCUCCAGUGGUUCUGUCUCAGGUAUGGUUCCGCCCAUUCCUCUCAUUCCCCUUCACGGAUCCAGUCACGUCCAAAAUCGCUCUCAACAUGCCACCGUCGAGUUCCUCUGCAGUCCCAUGACUCUCAACGACUACUGCUGUAACUUCAUUCAGGGUUUAGUUUUUUUUUUAAAUUGUUUUGAGAACAUUUCAGGUCAUUUUUUUUCCCCCAUCGUCGCUGAUCCAGGAAACCUUGAAAAUGUGGAUGUUGUGAUCGAAGGAAUGGCGGAAUGUUUAUAACUUUUUAAAAAUAUUAGAUAGUGAAUUUUGUGUAACAUCGACCUGGGUUUUAAAAAAGGGAAUACAACACCUCAUCUGCUGCUUGUGUUGGGCUCAGUUCGGCAAGUCUAGCGAGCUGUGAUGAAGUGCGCAAAGUUUUUCAUCUGCGGCAGAUUGGACCAGUGAAAUCCCUGCCGGAGAGACCGAGAGAAGAAACCUUUGAGUCUGUGAUGAAGGCAUCAGAGAACCUCACCAACCUGGUCCUCCAGGCGUCGUACCGUAACAUGGCCGGGGAGGCGUCGGGUCUGGUGAGAGAGUUGUUCGCUUACGUCGGCCUCUUCCUCAUCGGCUCCGACCUCGAUGUUGACGACGUCACCAGCCGCUUCUUCGACGCUCUCUUCCCAUUGGUCUACAACCGCCUCGUCAACCUCGGCCACGUCACCCCCGGUUACGCCGAGUGCGUCCGCUCCGCCCGCCGCGAUUUGACCCCGUUCGGCGCCUCUCCAGGACUCCUAGCCAAUCAGAUCGGGAGGUCCGGGGUCGAAGGUCGCGUGCUGUUACAGGCGUUGCACCUCGGCGUAGAGGUGAUCAACACCACGGACCACCUGGUGUUUAGCAGGGAGUGUCGUAAAGCUCUGCUCAGGAUGCAGUACUGUCCCCACUGUCACGGAUUCACCCUGUCUAAACCCUGUAUGGGCUACUGCCUCAACGUGAUGCGAGGCUGUCUGGCUAGCAUGGCUGAGGUGGACCCCCAUUGGAGAGAAUUCGAAAGGUCGUUAGAGGGGCUGUCGGCCCGCAUGCACGGAACUCAGGACCUGGAGCAAGUGCUGCUGGGAGUUCACGCCGUCGUCCACGACGCAGUCGCACACGCUCAGAAGAACGGACCACACCUCUCUGCACAGGUGAGGUGUUUGGUGAGGCGUUGUCGUCGUCACCCGUUAGAUUGUCAUAGUAACAUGAAACCAACCAGUCACCAGACUAAGUGAAUAACAUGAAACCAACCAGUCACCAGACUAAGUGA